GCUUCUUCUGCAGAUUGUUAAAGAUAUCUAGGUGAAAAGAAGGGACAAAACUAUGUCUGCUGAUCCACUUCCACCUGCAGAGACGUCUCGUGUGCGAGAACUUGAUCUCGUCAACAAAGUCGCUGUUAUAAGCGGCGCAUCCCGCGGUAUCGGUCGUGCAAUUGCCUUCAACCUUGCAUCUCGGGGUUGCUCCAUCCUCGGGACUUGCACUAGUGACACAGGCGCCAGAAGCAUCUCAUCAAUCCUUGACAACGAAGUCACUAGCCGUGUCUUCGAAGCUGCGUCACGAGUGAGGCCUGCAAGUCUCAGGGUCAAAGGACUCAUCGCAGACAUCUUCUCCCAUACCUGCGCCCGUACAAUUGCCGAUGAGCUUAGCAAGUCUUUCAAUGGCCGCGUGGAUAUAUUUGUCAACUGCGCUAGCGACCCCACCCCUGGCAUUAUUGGCGAGAUGGGCACCGAUGAGAUCCAGCGGAGUUUACUCGGCAAUGUACAGACGCCCGUUAUGAUUGUCGAAGAAUUUGUUCGCCGGCAUUACUUUAUGCCAAACAGCCGCAUAAUCUACAUUUCGUCUAUCCGGUCACGCCAGCCGUGGAGCAACCAGCUCAUGUACGCGGCCGGUAAGUCAGCCGGCGAGUCGCUUUGUCGAACAUGGGCGCAGGCCUUUGGCGGAAGGGAUGAAAGGUAUUCCUUUAUGGAGGGAACCACAGCCAAUGCUGUGACGGUCGGUUUGACUGAGACGGAUGCUGUUGUCAAUUGCGGACCGCAAGCAGUGCGACAAUUCCAGGACGAGUUCUUUCCCUCGCAAAGCAUACCACGCUUUGGACAACCUGACGACGUUGCGGAUGUAGUAGGACUCCUUUGCAGCUCGGAUGCGCGUUGGAUCACGGGAAGUGUGGUAAGUGCCAGUGGUGGUGGUAUUAAGAUUGGGUGAUUGAUAAAAUUAUCUUGAGCGAGCGAAGUACUAGGUUUUGGUAAUUUACAUUGGCGGAUGGCGAAAGCUUUUGUAUAAAUUUUCCACUCGGGACAGCUGGGAUACGGUACUAUAAUAUCAUGUAGG